GCUCGAGCCAUGGAGCCAGCAGCGUCCGCCCGCGCCGCGUCGGCGCGGCCUAUGGAGCUCCACUGUGCGCCAGCCCCGCAAUCCUCGGACGAUGCUUCCUCGUCCUACUCAUCGUGUCUCCGUGCUGAUUUGAGGCCGGUGGUGUGCGAUGCGAGCGGCGAGGAGGGCGUCCUCCUCGACCUGGACGCCCAGUGGGCGGCGGCAGCCGAGGCGGAACGGAAACUGGGGGAGGCGGCGGCGGUAGAUGCUGCAGCGGCACUUAAAAUUAGCGGUGAGGAGGAGCAGGAGGAGGUAGACGGGUUAUGAGACAACCAGCAGCGGCAGGAGGACGAGCUGAUGGCAUUGGAGGCAAUCUACGGGCCUGAUCUGGUUGUGUUCGAAAACAAAGGAGGCCUCCGCUAUUUCCAGAUUUACAUUCGUUAUGAUGUGUCUGAUGGCAUUGAAGUGUGCGCAAAGCUUUCAUCAGCUAUUGUGUGUGCCAAAGAUGAUGGAUGCUCUGAUGGUACAGGACAUGAUGAUGGAUCAGACGACUUCUAUUACAAGUGCAACUUUGAAUACUUGCCUCCUCUGGUAUUGACAUGCUUACUUCCACCGUCUUAUCCUAAUAAAGACCCCCCAUAUUUCACAAUCACUGUUAAGUGGAUGGAUGAGCCUCAAGUUUCUCAGCUCUGUGAGAUGCUUGACAAUAUAUGGGCAGAGCUGCAGGGGCAGGAGGUUGUGUAUCUGUGGGUUGAGUGGUUGCGGGAUUCUUCAAGGUCACAUCUCUGGUUUGAUGAUAAAAUUACACUAGGCCCAGAUAUUAUAAUCCUCAACCGAGAUAACCGUGCAGUCUCAAGAACAAAUUCAUUGGAGUCUGUAAUCCCUUUGAUGAUGACUUACAGCAGUAAGAAAUGCUACCAAGCUUUUCUCGAGGAUCUCCAUAUGUGCAUGAUAUGCCUUACCCAGAGCAAAGGCUCAAACUUCAUCAGACUUUCAUGCCAACACCUAUUUUGUGCGAAGUGUACGGAAACCUUAUGCAGAAUGCAUGUCAAGGAAGGUACUGUGUUUCAGUUGGUAUGCCCCAAUACCAAGUGCAAUGUUUCCAUUCCACCAUGUGUGUUGAAGAGGCUUCUUACGGUAGAAGAAUUUGAACGUUGGGAUAGGCUUGUUCUUAAGAAAGCAUUGGACUCAAUGUCAGAUGUGGUUUACUGUCCAAGAUGUGGGAUCGGUUGCUUGGAAGAUGAGAGUAACAAUGCACAAUGCCCAAAAUGCUCCUUUAUCUUUUGCUCGUUAUGUAAGGAACCAUGCCAUCCUGGGAAGCAGUGCAUAACUCCAGAAGACAAGAUCAAAAGGCAGCAGGCAUCAGGCAGGAUGUCCGAGAAAGAGCUGGCCCGGGAACUGCUCACCAUCAGAAAAAUGUUUAGUGAUAUCCAACUAUGUCCAAAAUGCCGAAUGCCUAUCAUCAAAACAGAAGGGUGCAACAAAAUGUCAUGUGGCAACUGUGGUCAGUUGCUCUGCUUCCGAUGCGGCAGGGCAAUCGAUGGCUAUGACCAUUUCUGGAAGGAUGGUUGUGAGCUCUUUGAGCUACGUCAGUAUAGCGAUGUAACGCCAUUCGAGAGACAUAUGGAAGAAGUUCAAAUUGGUCUCCGCCCAAUCGGCAGUACUAUCAGGUGCCCUAAAUGUCGCCAGAGAAAUUUCAAGGACAACGAGGAAUACAUUUUCUGCUGGGCGUGCCGGAUCCACUACUGCUCAUUGUGCAGGAUGAGGGUUGACGACAAAUACAUGAAGUCAGGGCACUACAGGUCGUCGGAGUGUGUGGGGCUUGGAAACUUCUAGCGCUGGAUCUGGCACAAUUCUUCAUAAUAUAGCGCAAGAGUCCGUUUGGAAAUAUAUAUAAUAAAAUUAGGGGUGUGGAUUGGUGCCCUUAAGGUCUCCAUCAACUAACCCUCUUUAGUUCAGUUUAUUAUAAAAAAUAGCGUGUUGUCUUUUUUUUCGAAAGAUCCGUUACCGGCUUUCAUUGAUAAGUGGAGAGAAUAAUAGUUACAAGAGCUAUUUACAAGGUUUUGUGGCCUCGCAGUUUCUGGAGGCCAUAACACCCCUACUAAUUACAGACUAGAUUAUAAAUGCAGAGGAGCCUACUAGUCUUAGAAAGAAAAGUGCUACUCAUGAGAGGUGAGGCCCUAAAGGUACAAACGUUGGCAGCAGAGUUUGUAGGCCUUUGUUCCCUGAUCGUAUCCAUGUUUUAGCUUCAUCCUGGAUUGUACUUAGUACUUGGCUCGGCGUGCUGCAGAAAUUGUUGAAAACACGGUUGUUUCGUUC